AUGGAGGAGGCCUACACUGCCCUGUAUCAAGAGUUUCUCCGCCUUCGUUCACUGUGCCUCAAACAGGCUGCAAUGCUUCAACAUCUCACAGAAACACUCAAGAAACAGCAAGGUUUGACUGAUGUUCCAAAUGGAGAUGUAGAGAGCCUGAUCUCUGCCCUAGACCAGUGCACACAUAAUCAUUUAGGGCUGUCUCCCUACCCUGACAGAGGCCAUGUCCCCAUGACAGAGGCAGUCCAAAACGCGAAGACCUCUGGAACAGUUCUUGAAAGCCAUGGUGAGGUGUCUGACCUGGCUGGAGGUAUGAGCCAAUUACAGGUCAACCCUGGUGUCAUGCAGGGGACCCAGGCUGAGGACGUGUCAAUGAGUUCACAAAGACAUUCUGGAGCUUCAGCGCCCUCUACCAUUCUGGAUGAUCUGAGGGAGGCUGAACAGCGGUGGUACAGCAGCCGUACUCCACAGCAGCUGAGGAGGCCGUGGUCCUCUUCGUUUUUGGACAGUGAGUUAAUGAGUCAGGCUGGGGGACUGCUGAUGUCGGGGGUAACACUGCAGUCACAGGUGUGUGAGUUCUGUCACGCCGUCUUUCCAGGACACACAACCACCAGGGGAGAGUACCUGCGCCACCUCACAACCCACAUCACCUAAAGCAUCAAAUCCAUCUGUACAGCAAUGUGAGAGCUUAAGUGUUUAACAGCAAACACUACAACAAUACUGUAUGUAUGUAUUUGAUAGGUGUGUGUCAUUUACGUUCUGGGAAGAACUCUGUUGGUGUCCUAGCCAGUUACAGAACUCUAAUGUUCUCCUUAUCUAUCAGGACUGUAAUUGGAGAGUGUAAUGAGUAGAAUUAAAUAGAGUAA